UUGAAAAAGGGUAAGCUAAGGAGGAAAGAAAUGGAUCACAUAUCGAUUUCUGAUGAGAAUUGUGAUUUGGGACAUCAGUUUUCUCCUUCAAAUUUGGAUCAAAUUGACCAAUCACCAUCCACAGAGACUUCAAGCCACUCGAUCGCGAGUGCCGACUCGUUUUCCUACUGCCGGACUAAUUCCGAGGCCUCGGCCACAUUUUCAGAGCCAACUGACGAUAGCAAUAGCUAUGCUGACGUGGCAUCCCCACACAGCUGGCAAGGGCUCAAGUCCCCGGUUCGUGCAGCGCUGUCCAAAUUAGGGAUGAGGCAGCAUAAGCAUGGUUUAGAUGAUGAGAUCAUGGAUUUAGCAUCUGUGUUUGGUCAGCACCACAGAUUAGAGCCUCUGCACCCACAAAAGAAAUUAAUGUGGAAAAGAGAAAUGAAUUGUCUUUUAUCUGUGUGUGAUUACAUAGUAGAAUUCAGUCCCACACUUCAGACUCUUAAAGAUGGGACCACCUUAGAGGUAAUGGCGAGCAGGCCGCGAUCAGAUAUUUACAUCAAUCUCCCUGCCUUGAGAAAACUCGAUACAAUGCUCCUGGGAAUACUGGACAGCUUUCAAGAAACCGAGUUCUGGUACGCUGAACAAGGAAGCAUCUCUGCAAAUUCGUCUCGUUCGUUUAGGAGAGUAAGUGGCCAGCAUAAGUCUCAGCAUUCGGACGAUAAGUGGUGGCUGCCUGUGCCCUGCGUGGGGCCCGAUGGGCUUUCCGAAAAAUCCAAGAAAUAUCUGAGGCAAAAACGAGACUGCGCGUACCAAAUCCACAAGGCGGCCAUGGCCAUAAACAGCGGCAUUCUUGCUGAGAUGCAGAUUCCGGACUCGUACAUGGCUUCCCUUCCUAAGAGUGGAAAAGCAAGCAUUGGGGACAAAAUAUACCGAUACAUGUACAAUGCGGAGAACUUUUCGCCCGACCGAUUGCUCAAUUCUCUCGACAUAAGCUCCGAGCACGAGGCACUUGAGCUAGCAGAUAAGGUGGAAGCUUCCAUGUACACGUGGCGCCGUAAAAUCUGCAUGGCCCACUCGAAAUCCUCGUCGAACAAGAAUCACAUCCUAUCCGAAAGAGCUGAUACUCUGUUGUUCUGCCUCAGACAAAGGUAUCCCGAGCUUUCGCAAACUACAUUGGACACGAGCAAAAUCCAAUACAACAAGGAUGUAGGGCAAGCAGUGCUUGAGAGCUAUUCAAGAGUAUUGGAAGGUUUGGCAUUCAACAUUGUGGAUUGGAUUGAGGAUGUAAUCUUGGUAGAUAAAACCAUGAAAAAUUAGGUGUAGAUAUGUAAUAUGUUACUCUAAAGCAAACAACUUGAUUUUUGUACUAAGGUCAUUUCCAGCCCUUAUCUAUACUCUAGCGUGGAUUUGUCUCUACUCUAGAGUAGAGUGAAACAUUUGUCUCCAAC